CUCGCCCGCCCCUCUCCAGGCUCGGGUUCGCACCCCCGUCUCGGCGCCCUAGCCCCUGGCCGCGGCCGCUUCCCGGGCCUCACCCCGCGCCUACCCCUGCAGCCCGCCCCGGCCGCACCCCCCAGCGUCCCCGCCCCCGGCCGCGCCCCCUCACCGGGGCCUGCUCGGCGGUCCCGGAGGCGGCGGGCGCGCCAUGGGCAGCGGCAGCAGCCGGAGCGGCCGGACCCUGAGGCGGCGGCGCAGCCCCGAGAGCCUCCCCGCGGGGCCGGGAGCGGCUGCCCUGGAGGGCGGGACCAGGCGGCGGAUGCCGGUGGCGGCGGCCGAGGCCCCGGGGGCAGCGGCGGUGGAGGCGCCCGGCCGCGACCCCAGCCCCGUGGCGACCCCCGACGGCAGGGACGAGACGCUGCGCCUUCUGGACCAGCUGCUGGCCGAGUCGGCGGCCUGGGGCCCCCCGGAGCCUGCCCCGCGCCGCCCAGCCCGGCCCCGACCCACCGCGAUCGCGGGGAGCGCGGUGUCUGCAGAGCAGAGCACAGAGGGCCACCCGGGGAGCGGCAGUGUCUCUGAAGCUCCAGGCAGUAGUGGCAAGAAGCCCGGGAGGCCGGCAGCCAUCUCCUACGACCACGCGGAAGAGGGGCUGAUGGCGAGCAUCGAGCGGGAGUACUGCCGCUGAGGACAGUAUGCCCCACUGGGCCUCGGAGGCACCUGCUGGCUGGGGCACCCCCUCCUCGCCCAGAGCUCUAGCAGGAGCUGAACCACUUCCAAAACGCAGUCACUCCCGGAUAUUCAAAGCUGACCUUGCAAAUCCACUUUCAGACCGUGCUGACCUGGGCCAGCCACUGGCGGUCAUGGUUGCUGGUGGGGGCGACUAGCUGUGCAGACCCACAGGUGCGUGGGCCCGGGCAGCCGGCGCCUCCUCCCCAACGCAGGGAGCCUGCCCGAUUCUCCUGGAGCCUGAAAUGCGUGCACCUCUUGGUUGCCCGCUCUCCAUAGUGGGGAGGGCUCACGAGGCUUGGGUGACACAAGCGAGCCCCUCCUGGCAUCCGCGCCACAACACUUCCGGAAGGUUCCGCUGUGGAAGGUACACCCGCGCUGCUCCCUCAGUCUCAGGCCCAUCUCUCCAGGGGUGACCGGGUCAAUUUAGAGCUUCUCAACUUUAACUCCCUAAUGAGCAGCCUGGGGGUGCUGUUGACAUGCAGGGGCUGAGGUUCUGUACGUCUAACCAGCUCCCCAGCCCAGGCCCAAGCUCCGAAGCCCCAACUGCACUUUGAGGAGUGAGAAUCCCAGCUUUGAUCUGCCUUGCAGUGGGAGGUAGAGCGCAUCACUGCCUCUCUGGGCCUCAGUUUCCCUCUCUGGAAAAUCAGCUCUGGCAGCUCUUGGAGGCCCUCCCCAGCUCUGACAAUCUGGAACUGCACAAGCCCAGGCUGCCACUGCUGUUCCCCCACCCCAGGCACAGCACUGCCUUCCCUGCGGGGAGCCAGCGCCCAGGUCCCACGGGGAGAGGGUCUGCCUGACACUGGCUUUCCAGUUCUCCCUCUCACAGGCAGCCUGGCCAGUGCCUACGGGGCUUUUAAAUUCUCUUCCCGCCUAGGUGGAAGGUGGGAAACCACAGCAGUAAGGCAGGAAGAGCCUUGGAAUAUUCCUGGUUGACAGAUGGGAAAAUUGACCUGCCCAGGACGCCCUGGGAACAGGGGGCGGAGCUCCGGCUAGAGGGGACUCCUGUGUGGGCGGGCAGGUCUGGAGUCUGCCUCCUGUGUGCGGGGUGGUGCGGCCUGCUGGGGGACAGCUCGGGGAGAACUGCGGGGAGAACAGCGGUCUAGGGAGGCAGGAGGCAGGCGGCAGGCUCCUCCCCAGCAGCCUGGAGGACAUCAGGACAGAGGGGGAAGGAGGAAACAGCGCGGCUUCUGCUGAAACCAGUACAAGCCUGGUUAUCUGGCUUGACCCGCCAACACGGAGGCCCCCCCACCGUUUUCUUUUUCCCGGAGAAGAGCUCCGCUCGCACGUCCUUAGAACAUGGCAGAGCAGGAGCAUCUCAGGAACCAACGGCCAGCUCCUUGGCGCUGUCCCCAGACCCACAGGACUGCUGCGGCCAUUUGCAAACGGGCAUUUCCUUGAACUUCUGAGAGUGCCUUUGACCAGCUGUUCGCAGCUGGGAAACUCCAAGUUUCGAAGUCGGAGCUUGGAGCGGCCCCGGCAAGGGCAUGGCUCAAACCCUCCGCAGAGCUGGGAGCCAUUGCUCAUGCAAGCCCAACCGAUUCUUUUGAUAUAAAGAUGUAAGUCUUUAUAUCAAAUACAUCUUUUAAAAUAAGUUAACAUUUUAUUUCUUACCACCAGAUGGAUAAGGCUUUGAAUUUAAUCAUGUAAAUGUUUGUAAUUUUACGUCAUUUUGUUAAAAUGGGACGUUUUCAAUUGGUUUCCAAGAAAAAGAUAAUACCUCUGCACUUUCUGGUGGAAAACGCAUAAUACCCUUGAUGAGAUCAAUGUGUUACGGAAAAAAAUUCCAAAAGUAGUUACAAGCUAUAUCAAUGUCAAAGUAAAUGCACUUCAUCAAAGCUAAGAAGUCACAGGAAUUGUUCUCAGGUCUUUAAAAAAAUUUUUCCUGAAUUCAGGAACAGUGUCUUCUGAACAGCAGCUAGCCAGAUAAAGUGGUAUGUGUGUACUGCAGCUGCAGGUGAACUUAAAAAUAAUAACAA